AUGGCAUAUAAAGACCACGACGAGGUGGUAGAGGAGAGGCCAAGUGAGAAGAGACAUCGUGAGAAGAGAGAGAAAGACCCAAAUCGAACCCAUAGGUCGUCGAGAAGUUCGCGACCGAAGAUAAUCGACCCCGAGACUGGUGAGCCUGUCAGAUCAUCACACCGUCGCCGAAAGGAUAAGGAUAGGGACGCAGAGAAGGACAGAGAUUCCGAGCCAUCUACAUCUAUGGCAGAUCUAGUUCCUGAACUCUCGCGCACCGCUUCAGCCCCUGGCGCGACGUCACGAAGCAGCUUGCCUUACCCAAGCUUCAACAAAGCUCAUAGCAAGGAGGCAGUGAAUAGUAGGGACGAUGUCAGAUUGCCAACAAAGGAUGUGAAGAGUCCAUAUACACCUGAGUCGACAGACGUUGGAGAAGAGGAGAAAGCCAGGACGAGAUCUGCAGAAAACAUCCCUCCUCAAGGAGCUACUGUUCCCAAGGAUGGCAGACCACCUAGCCCUCCGGAGACGGACUUGUCACAGCAGAGGAAGGCCACACCCACAAGAAUGACCAGAGUACAAGAAGAUGUAGAGGAGGAGAGACCAAGUUCUCGUACUUCAGGAGUUAGGAGGACAUUUACUAGGGACAGGGAUGAUCGAUCCAGACUCUCUAUGAAGUCUAAGAAUUCAUCGAGGGCUAGCACUGCGAUCAAGUCACCAAAAUUCCCACGCGAUGGAUCAUCUACAGAUAAUCUUGUCAAAGAUUCGGUUCUUAGCUCCGGUGUCGAUUCCAAUGUCACAUCAGUUGCACCAAAGCGUGAAGCACCAGAACCACCCUACUUGGAAACAGGUUCAUCUCCUGCUUCUGCACAAGACUCGUCUCCCAGAACGCCUACACAAGCACCGUCGUUUAUACCUCCUCCACCAAGUGUGAAGCCGUCCCCGUCGCCAUUCAUUCACUUCGAACCACAAUCUGAAGCAGAAUCAACUGCAUACGACUCUCCACAACCCCCACCACCACCUCCACCUCCUGUACCAAUCAGCAUACCCCGUGUCGAUUAUCUGAUGCAAAAUGGUGGGUUGCUGAGACCGGUAUCGAAGAAUUUGAUCUCACCAGCACUUCCACUACAAAAUAUCCAGUCUAGGGAAGCUACACCUGUGCCAUCUGAAAUUGAGAAGAUUUUCGGUCCAUUCUUCAAUGUGCUGGAUCAAUAUGAGACUGUCAUUGGGAAAAAUGGUUCGCUUGCAGUGGCUACAGGUUAUCGCUCAGUUGCUAGGAGACUUCUUGAUCGAUUGGAGAAUGUCUUCAAUCGAGACUUGUCAUCCGAAGGUUGCACAUGUGUCAUGUGCGAGCAUCCAGAUCUCUCUGUUCAUGAAGGUAGCAGGGGACUAGGUUGGGGCGAAGUGCUAGAAUGGGUUAGUGGUCGACGUGAAUUGCCUGUUUGGCCGGCCUUUGACUUUGCUACCCUUGGGGUCAAGGCUGGAGAGGAUCUUGCAGGUCUUGGUAUCUCACAGUCGACUGAGAAUAUCAUCAGACCUGGAUCACCUACGAAGAUCGAUCCAGAUGUGGCUGAAGAGUUCCGAGAGCAUUAUCUGGCCCAGAAUAUCAAGAAGAAGGCCGCCGUUGACCGAUGGCUUUCCAGCUGCCCUCAGACAGCAGCCACUCCUCCUCAAGAAGUCGAUGAUGAGACACUCUCUUUCGCCAUCCUGACUCAUCUCGAUCAGCAAGAUCAGCCAAUCUUCAAUGCACUGGUGUCCGGUUCCAACAUCUUGCAACCUGUCCGAGCACCACCUGCAACCCGAAAGCCUCGUUCUGAAUUCAUGGUCAAGACUGUGCACUCAAUACAGAGACUCUACAAAUUGCAGCAACCACCCAGAGAUCCUGAGGCUGCUAUCUAUUUGCUGAAGCAUCCUAAUUUACACAACCUCCUUGCCACCCUGUCUAGCAUCAACCAGUCUGAAUGGGAGAUUCUUACAUCUGGUCGCUUCGAUGGGUUCUUGUGGUCAGGAGCUGAAUCCGAAUCCACCAAUCCAUCGCCAGCUCCGUCUCGUGGGCCAACCCCAUUGAAUGGUAUGAGUAGUAUGGGCGGUAUCCCAUAUCGCGGUGCGAUGUCACCAGGCGUGGGCAUGGCUGGUAUGCGACCCGGUCCUGGAUCGAGGACUACCACACCCUUUGGGGCCUUCCGUAAUCAGACUUUCUCCCCAUCCAUGGGAUUAGGUGGCUUUCAAUCUCGAGGCCCAACCCCAUUUGCACAAAUUCGUCAACCAGUUUCCAAUGAUGAAGAAACCGAGAUUCAGGUCUUAGCUGAAGUCGAGCGCGAGAUCUAUCUUGGAAUGGAGGCACUAGAAGAUGCAUUUGAGGGUCUACAUCGCAAGGCUGAGGUUGUUAGACGUGCACUUCGAGAACGC